AUGGUUUGUGUGUGUUGUCGUUGUUGUCUGUGCAAAUGUGUCGCGGGCGGCAAGGCGGCUCGCGAAGCCCAGAAGGUGCGACUCCGUGAGCCUACCAUCGCCGACGACGACGGACGGGAUCGUCCGUACGAAAAACCCGGCGCCAUCCACAUUCCCAAGCCGGUGUACGGAAAGAAGCUCUCAAAGUCCCGUUCGUCGUCCGCCCCACAUGUCGCCGUCCCGUCACUCGUAUCGUCCGGCGCCAACUACAAGCGCAUGUCGAUGUGGGAAACUUCGUUGAAUGUGCAGACUGAUGUGGAACCUCUGCACACGCCGCCACUCGUCGUGCGGCCGAAGCUUGACUAUAUCGACAAAGAAGGAAAUAAUCCAAGUUGUUGUAGAGAAGGAGGAACGCGCAAACCUGGCUUCCGACCGCUGAGAGGAUCAGGAUCACCGUCACCGCCGUGAGUUUUCUUCCGAAGUCGUGCAAAAGGUCUGAAAAGAUUCUUGUUUCAGUGACACCUCAACGUCGACGCAAGUCGCUGUGACGUCAGCAUCAGAAGUCAAGAAGACCAAAGAUCACAAGAAGCAGUUGAAAAAGGAGAAAGAGAAAAAGAAGAAAAUGGAUAAGAAGCAGUCGAGUGGAGGUGGAUUCUUCACGAGAUGGUUCGGAGGUUCGAGCAGCAACACCAGCCAGCAGAACCUCGCGGAGGAAGUGAUCGAUGCGCGAAGCGAACGAAAAACCGCGAAACAACGCGAACAGGAGUUAUUGCAACGAUCAGAAAGAAGAUCCGGGGUGAGAGAAGCAUUAGGUGGAUCCAAUAAUAAGAGGAAUGUUACAGGGAAGAACACACUCCCAUGAGGAGUACCGUCGUCAUCAACAACCAAAUCUUUUGGUGAACACCAACUUUGAUGAAGACGACUAUGCAACGAUUGACAGAGGCCGCAGGUCUGCCAAUCGAGAAAGUAAGCAACAGUUACUUUUUCCCACUAUUAGUUUCUUUUUAGUGUCAAUGCCGGCUUCUCCACGCAACGUCCAUUUUGUCGAUGAGUCGUCAGGGCCACUCAGCCGAACGAUGAAUGAGUCGGCGUUCGGGGACCGUGCCCAUCUGCAAUACCGUCCACGAGCCCAGAAAGGAGCCGCCGGUCCAGUUACUCGCGGGGCUCCAACGUCUUCCGUCACGAAGCUCGACGAGGCGACACUUGACUUACUCCGUCUUUCCACGGAGCCAAGUCCAGUGCCUACCCGACAAGUCCUUCCAAAGUCGGCUUCUCUGAGCUCAAUGCAGCAAAGACAGCCGGUAAAGACAGAGGACGGAGGGCAGCUGAGAGCUGGAAACGUCUACACUUGGGAUCAGAACAGCGUGGACACAGCGACAGACGAUGAAAGAGGAAGGAAUUUGCUCAGAGGAGACCGGUCGAGCAGACUGUCCCCGCAAGCAGAAAGACGCAAUGAGAAGCGUAAGUCUUUGUCGAGCAUGCUGAAAAUAAGAGUUGCUCUUCUGUUUCAGAAAUUCAAAUUCAUCACAGAAGUGCCUCGAGCGGACCAUCCCAUCGUCGUGAAACUGAGAUUGAGUACGAAGAAAAACGACAGAAGCCACCAGUGGUAGUACUGAAAUUCAGGAAAACUCAUAAUCACUAGUUUUCAGGUACGUACAACCGUCGAAGGAAAGCUCAAAAUGGAGAAGAUCGUCGGAGCUGACUUGAUCACAGUGGACAGUUGCAUUUCGAGUGCAUGGACAGUCAGGGAUACUGUCACUAAUUAUAAGGUGAGCACCGAGUGCGUACAGACUUUAUCAAAACCACUUUCAGAUCAAAUCCACAGUUGGAAAAAAGAGCCUGAUUUUGGAAGAGCUGAAAGACGGCCAAUCCAAGUACAAAGUGAGUAAUUUGGUUAUCAAUCUUUAUAUUGUAUCAGAAAAAUUUAGAUCACUCUUAUCGAAAACGGCGAAACGAAAAUGGAGAGAGAGGCCAGUCUGGAUGUUCCUGACUUUGUGAACAAGAAGGACUAUUUGGCAGAAGUGAGCAAGAAACUGCUCACAGAGCUCCGUGAGGAUUCUGAAUCUGUGUCCGCUCUCACCCACAUUGAAGUAGAAGUCGUCGAAGACGUCACGAACAUUCUGAAGACGUAUGUCAUCGGAGAACGUGCUGAUGAUGUGCUUGCCGAGGAGCAGCUCCGUCUGCAUUACGAACAAACUGCUGACAAAACACCGCCUCCGAUCGCAUACGAAAAGGUCGAGAAGAUUUACGUCGACGAACUCCAGAAGGAUAAGAUUGAGCCAGAAGACCCAGAGAAGGCGGACAUUCAUUUAAUCAAGGAUGGACGUCACUUUGAAGGAGAAGGCGCUCUGAAGAGGAUCCGAAGAUUCGAGACGGAGGAGAGCAUCGAGAAACCGACGGUCAUCCGAAUGGAACCGCGCUGUGCGCAUGCAUUUGCAGACUGCGACGUCGCCAAGAAGAGGAUACUUCCAAUUUCACUGUCAAAAUUGCCGUUCCUCUUGUUCACACCAUCACUUUCCUGCUCAAGAAAUCAAAGAUGAUGAGACAACAGAAGGCAGCUGGAUAUGAAAUGGAGCAAGAAGGACAGCGAUUCGAGGACGAGACGACUCUGAGAAGAGUGAAGAGAUACGAAACGGAAGAGGAAGAGGAGAAGCAGCACGUGGCAGUGGUUCAGCAGGUCGAAGAGGUGAAAGUGGCCACGGUGAAGACGCAGAAGGAGGUGGAAGCGGAAGGAGGGCAGUACGAAAUGUCCCAGGAAGGAAUCCAUCUGCGAGGAGAGAUCUCUUUCAAGAAACGUGGAAAGCAUCUCGACUCGGAGUCUUCCGAGGAAAGAUUCUUGGAAAGAGAGGCUGAAGGAGGACAGUACGCCAUGCAGAUGGAAGGAGAACGACUGCUGGGAGAGAAGAAGUUCAGAAGCAGAGGACGUCACUACGAAAGUGAGUCCGAGGAGUCGGUGGCUUCUUGGAAUGGAGGAUCGCCCACUCAGGUUGAUCUGGUAAAGAAGGAGUCGUCAUCCAUUUUCGAGGCUACUUUUGAGACGGCCAACAACCAUUCUCCGAUUGUCGCUGAAAUCAGAAAACCGAAACUGAAGAAGGAGAACACGACAAUCGGAUGUACCAUUGCCAACCAGAAAGCCACUUCUGCUGCUGCCGAGUUGACGACCAGACACGUGAAAACGGAGAAGGGAACUGCCAAGUUCAGAGAGCUCGCGGAAGAGCAGGCGAUGAUGCUGUGCGGCUUCGAAAACCAGAAGAGCUCGAAAGAAGAAGCCGUCGGAGUUCGCCGCCAGAAGAACGAGAGCAAGGUGGCUUUCGCCGCUGGAUCCGCUGAGACUGAGAACACGACGCUCUCCACCACCAUCUUCCAUGACACGGAUUCAUUCGCUGUGGAAGGAUCAUCAAAAAGCGCCAACUCGACUGCCACGUACGGUCGAUUCAAAGAAAUGUCAGAGGAGAAUGCAUCCAACAUGGUUUACCUGCAGAAGAGUGAAAGCUCGAGCUCCAAUUUGAGCCAGACUGAGGCAAAGAUGAAGGUUUGUGAUACCGCGGGAGUUUGCUAAUUGAAUUCCGAUUCCAGCACGUGCAACGUCAGACCUCUGAAGCUCGUUUUGCCGAAUUCAAGCAAGUCGCCGAGAGCUGUGCCGUGAUGAUCAAGAACACCGGAGUGGAGCGUGGAGCGACAUCUUCUACCCUCGCUGAGGCAGCUACAGGUUAGUUUAUUCACUUUUCGGCCCGUAAUUUCCCUGAGAACACCCCGGCACAUCGUUUUCUUUCUGCGUGACUUUGAUCUGAUCCCAUUUCCCCUCUUGCACACACACCCACAUCCACCAUCUCUCCAUGCACCGAGCACGCGCACGCCCUAAGAAAAGAAGCCAUGACCUUUCUAGAUACGUAAAAAUUUCUGUGUAAUGUACUGUUGACUUCGUGUUCUUUCGUGAAGCGUCGCGCGACCAGUAAAUGCCGCCCAGAGCCGUAUUGUAAGUGAUCACGCGUCCCCGGCUGCCGCGUGUGCUCACCGAUUCCCCCUCAACUGAUUGUUGUCUCAAGAUCUGCGAAUCCGUCGCAAGGAUGCGAGAGGCGAGAUCACCGUGUUCGUGCUCUUCAAGAGAGUCUUUGGCAACUAUGUGCACGCCUCGAUGCGACUCGCUUCUUCCGGAGUCCACGAGGAGCUCCGCGAGCAGAGGAGCAGCAGCAGUGUGCGCCAAGAAGAGUACAAGGAAGAGUCGCACUACUCUCAUAACAGUUAUGAGCACACCAGCGAGCACUACUCGCACUCGUCGUUCUAUCAUCAAGGUAAGCCGGCACUUAGUGCCUUCCGCUCGUUGCAUCUUCUUGUCCGUGUCGGUUUCUUUUGAACUGUGAGAACUGUUUGAGUGACUGAUGUUAUGCUUAAGUAUGAGACUGACUGUUGACCACAUUAAGAUAAGUUUGGCACCAGGUACUCUUGGGAUAUUUUCGGUAUUCUUACAGAAUCCAGUAGCAGCGUCAGAUCCAGUUCGAUAUACAUUGAGCUGGGCGACGACAUGGACAUAAUUUGUGAACAAGAAACUAAACACGCAAUUCUAGCUUACUGAGAAACCCAUCGUCGUCUGUUCUCUCUUCCGUGUAAAUAUGAACGUAGUGAAUGAGUAGAGAGCGGGGCUCACACUGUCAAAAAGUCGUUUGUCUCUGUAAGUCCCGAGUCUAACGCUGCUUCCUAACUGUCGUGCCUGGAUGCCCUAAGUUGCCUAGUUUAGUGUCGUACUAGUUGUGUGAGGAAUGGAUAGGUUUUCUCUUAAAAAAGACUAAAAAGUUUCGCAAUCUCUAUUCACCCAUUUUCGAAUCUCUUUCUGAAAGAUGAAUGAUAAUAAAAUGUCGGCAUGAGCGCCAGUGAAUAAAGUUGACCUACAUUCCAGAGAGUGAUGAGCACGGCUUAGAGCCGGACCAGCAGGUUUCUAAGCAGUUGAGCAGUAUCGAAAGGCAGCUUUUGAACAUAGCGGAAGUCGUUAUCGGGGCUGAAGGGACCGAUGUCGUCGAGGUGAAAGUGACUAUCAAGAGGAGAGAGCAGCACGCAAAUCAACUGAUUGUGGUGCUCGAGGAGCCGUGGGAAACGGCCGUGUCGGGAGGAAUCAAGGCAGUGAGAAGGUCCGUGGUGGACACGUCACUGGAGAGCAGAGUGAAGAAGCUAGAGCAGAGUUCCUCUUACUCGAUCAUCAAGAGAGCGUCCUCCAAAGAGUCAGUUGUUCAUUCGGGAAGAUCUCCGCUUGAGAGACAAGCCAGUCUUGAGGGCAGGUUCCGAAUGGACGAGAGCUGGUCCUCGGUCGAGUGCCGACGUCGUUCUGUCUCCACCGACAGGGCUGCUCUGCAUCUUCGGGCGUCUCAAGAAGAAGUGUGCACUGGAUUCUGGAACACGUCGAAAGGCGAGAGCACGAGAAGAACUCUGCUGCAAAAGGCGAAGAGUACGGAAAGCAUGAGCUUCAAGACAAAGUCAGUGACCACUUCGAGUACGGAGAUGUCUUCAAAGCUCCAGCGAGAGCCUGUGGGGUAUGACACUUCAAGGGAGCUCGCUGCGCAGAGACGAGAGAUCGUUGCUGCCGCCUUCGGAAUAUCUACUCAAUCGCUUGAACGUCUUCUGAAUUCCGUUGAAAGUAUUGACUGGCAGAAUAUAACCAUGUUGGACUCUCAAAAAGAACGUCUUUCUGCAAACCUUUAUGCCCUUACCAGUGCUCCUGUAAUGUUGAAUGUCCCAAGUGUUUUGGGAAGAAUUGUGGCUCCGGCCGAGCAGGAAGAAUCCUUUGAUCUGAUUGUUCGAGACCGUUCGGAAUCGAGAGUAUUCGCUCAGUUGAGAGCAUCGGCCGGCGAGAUAACCAGCAGAGAAGUGGCUCUCGGAUCAAUGAGCCCUCUGGAGCAGGCGGCAUUUAUGAGCCUUGUCAUCACUUCCGUUUCCAGAUGUGAUCUUCGAACUAUUGCGACGGGUAAUGUGACCGCCCACACGGAAAUCUUCUAUGACGUGGCAGAAGAAAAGAUGAGUGCAAGUGGCGUGAUGAGAAGAGAAUCGAGGAGAGAAUUCGGAUCGAAGAGCUUUGCGUCUUCAAGGGAAGAAUUUGUCCAAGGAUUCUGGAAAGGCGACAGAGAAGACGAACGGGCUGUGAAGACGUUGAAGGAGAGGAUGGAAGGAUUCAAGCAGACCCUGAACACCAAGUCUGCCACGUUCACCUCCGAAACUGCAACUUUGGGCAUAAGAAAGGCCGACCAGAAAGCAGAAACUACGAGGGCUCAUCAGCUGACUUCGAGAGAAGUUGUGAGCCAGGCGUUUGGAAUUACGGAGAGCAAAAUGGAGCAGUUCUUCGAGGUGAUGGGAAAGAUGGAUUGGAGCAACGUCGAGAUCGGAGAGAAGGAGCAUGCCGCCAUCUCCUCCAACAUCAAAACACUUGCUCCCGAGCAGAAGGACUGUUCUGGAGUGCUGGGAAAGCUGCGAGCACCGAGACAUCAAGAAGAAACCGCCGAUGUGAAGCUGACGGAAAUCCAGAAAGCAAAGGAUGUUCUGACUGUUCGUGCCGCCCUUCAGUCUACCAUUUCUACUGAUUCAAACUUUUCUCGAUCCGUUUCUGAUACGGAGAAAACCAUGUUUUCCAACUUGAUCAGUGUGAUGACUUCUCACAAUCUUUCAACUAUUGCCACGUCAUCCGAAGCAACAGCUGUCUCAGUUGGUUACCAGGAUAUUCCGGAAUCUCUUAGCGUUUCCAAGACAUGGAAGUCACUCAAUUCUGGAAGACUGAGCGAGAACAUCAGAGAGCCAGUCGAGCAGAUCGUCGAGUCGUUCUGGAGUUCCGCGAGUGAUCAGGAAAAAGCUGCUGUUCUGAUGAAUGAGAAGAUUGAGUCGAUCUACGAAUCACUGAAAACUGUGGCGGCGAGUAUGGCGAAUGAAGAAGUUAACCGAGAGUUGGUCAAAGAAACGGAGAGCUCUGAGAAAACGACGAUCCAAACUGUGAGCUCACGGGAAAUUGUAUCAUCCUCUUUUGGAAUCUCCAGUAGCAGUCUUCAACAAUUAUUCAAUAUUUUGGAGAAAAUGGAUUGGAAUGAGAUCACUCUGCCAACUAUUGAGCAUUCCAUGAUUUCCGGCAACAUCAAAGCACUUGCUCCGCCUUCUUUCGAUUCUUCGAACAUCCUGGGAAAACUCAGAGCCCCCGAACUGCAAGAACUUACUGCUGAUCUCAAAGUUCGACAGGCGCAGAAAGUGAAAUGUGUUUUGGACGUGAGGGAAUCUCUUGAAUCUGUCAUCACUUCAUCGGAUAGCUUAUCGAAAAUUCCGGAGAGUGAGAAGACCGCCUAUUCAAAUCUCGUCGGGAUCAUGGCCACUCAGGACUUGAGCACGAUGGGAACGUCUUCUGAAUCCAGAACAGUGGAGAUCAACUACAGUGAGGCGAAAGAGCAUCUAGAGACCAGUAAGAAGCUAGUCGCAAAGAACCUGGAAGUGCUGAAAUCGGAGAUCAGAGAGAGCAGCGAAGAAGUCGUUCAGGGAUUCUGGAGCACAGCUUCUGAGCAGGAGAAGAUUGGAGCGAUUGUCAGCGAGAAACUGAAAAGUGUUCAUCAUUCUCUGCACACGCACGCCAUCCAAACGGCUACCGAGAAUUUGAGCAGAGACAUUCGGAAGGAUCAGCAAGGAGCCGUCAGUCAUCAUUACGUGAAGUUGUCGCCGAGAGAGGUCGUGCAAGCUGCAUUCGGAAUCUCUUCCGAGUCGGUGGACCAGCUGCUGACGAUUUUGGAGAAGAUGGAUUGGAGCAACAUCGAACUCGGAGCGAAAGAGCAUGCCGCCAUCUCCUCCAACAUCAAAACACUUGCUCCCGAGCAGAAGGACUGUUCUGGAGUGCUGGGAAAGCUGCGAGCACCGAGACAUCAAGAAGAAACCGCCGAUGUGAAGCUGACGGAAAUCCAGAAAGCAAAGGAUGUUCUGACUGUUCGUGCCGCCCUUCAGUCUACCAUUUCUACUGAUUCAAACUUUUCUCGAUCCGUUUCUGAUACGGAGAAAACCAUGUUUUCCAACUUGAUCAGUGUGAUGACUUCUCACAAUCUUUCAACUCUUGCCACGUCAUCAGAAGCAACAGCUGUCUCAGUUGGUUACCAGGAUAUUCCGGAAUCUCUUGGCGUGUCCAAGACAUGGAAGUCAAUAAAUUCUGGAAGACUGAACGAGAACAUCAGAGAGCCAGUCGAGCAGAUCGUCGAGUCGUUCUGGAGUACCGCGAGUGAUCAGGAAAAAGCUGCUGUUCUGAUGAAUGAGAAGAUUGAGUCGAUCUACGAAUCACUGAAAACUGUGGCGGCGAGUAUGGCGAAUGAAGAAGUUAACCGAGAGUUGGUCAAAGAAACGGAGAGCUCUGAGAAAACGACGAUCCAAACUGUGAGCUCACGGGAAAUUGUAUCAUCCUCUUUUGGAAUCUCCAGUAGCAGUUUUCAACAAUUAUUUAAUAUUUUGGAGAAAAUGGAUUGGAAUGAGAUCACUCUUCCAACUAUUGAGCAUUCCAUGAUUUCCGGCAACAUCAAAGCACUUGCUCCGCCUUCUUUCGAUUCUUCGAACAUCCUGGGAAAACUGAGAGCCCCCGAACUGCAAGAACUUACAGUUGACCUCAAAGUUCGUCAGGCGCAGAAAGUGAAAUGUGUUUUGGACGUGAGGGAAUCUCUUGAAUCCGUCAUCACUUCAUCGGAUAACUUAUCGAAAAUUCCGGAAAAUGAAAAGGCCGCCUAUUCAAAUCUCAUCGGGAUCAUGGCCACUCAGGACUUGAGCACGAUGGGAACGUCUUCUGAAUCCAGAACAGUGGAGAUUAACUACAGUGAGGCGAAGGAGCAUCUAGAGACCAGUAAGAAGCUAGUCGCAAAGAACCUGGAAGUGCUGAAAUCGGAGAUCAGAGAGAGCAGCGAAGAAGUCGUUCAGGGAUUCUGGAGCACAGCUUCUGAGCAGGAGAAGAUUGGAGCGAUUGUCAGCGAGAAACUGAAAAGUGUUCAUCAUUCUCUGCACACGCACGCCAUCCAGACGGCUACCGAGAAUUUGAGCAGAGACAUUCGGAAAGGUCAUGAAGGAGCCGUCAGCCAUCAUUACGUGAAGUUGUCACCGAGAGAAGUCGUGCAAGCUGCAUUCGGAAUCUCUUCCGAGUCGGUGGACCAGCUGCUGACGAUUUUGGAGAAGAUGGAUUGGAGUCAAGUGAGCCUAGUGGAGCCAGUCCAUUCGAAUAUCGCAGCCAACGUCCGAAUUUUGUCAUCUUCUUCUGCUCAAUCGUCCGACAUUCUUGGCAAACUGACACCUCCGAGAGCCGAAGAAGAAUCGGUCAGCCGUGCAAUUCGAGAUGUGAACUUCGCGCAAUGUGUUUUGAAUGUGAUGGGAACUCUCGAUUCGACAGUCGCCGCUGAUUCUACGCUUUCCAGAAUCCCUGAAGAUCAGAAGGCCGUCUUCUCGAACAUCGUUGGAUUUAUGGCGUUGAACAAACUGAUCACUUCAUCUGAAUCGUCGUCCUCCUCGUUUGGUUCCAACAACGUCUUCGAGCUGUCAGAAGUGGCGCCUUCGGAUGUCAACCGAGUGUUGGAAAUCAUCAGGAGUUCGCAGAGUUUCCAUCUCGUUCAUACGACCAUGCUCGAAGAAGUCAAGACAAUUCAAAUCAGAAUGGAUGUUCUCAAAAGAGUUCUGAUGAAUCAGUCAACUGCCGAAGAGCUUCUUCAGGAGGCAUUCCAGAGCAGUGAACAACAAAUGAAACUUUCCAACGAAUUGUCGAGAACGUGAAUUGGGAGGAGACCCGAUUGACUGAGGAGAUCGUCAGCAAUCUGAGAACCAACUUCUCUUCUAUUCCACGGUUCGAAGGAGCUUUGGGAAGUCUGACUGCACCUCCAGAACACUCUGAAUCGACGGAUACUUCUGUGCAGAUGAGCCGAAGGGCAGAAGCUGUUAUGAAUCUCUUGGCGGCCGCCGACAAUGCCAUCUCCACUGCUUCGUCUCUCUCCAGAAUGGAUUCUUCUGAAAGACUACUCUAUCAAACUAUUCUGAAGACUAUGGCUGUCUGCGAUUUGACGUCUCCUGCUUCCUCUUCUGAAAUGCUGGCUAUGACGCAAGGAUUUUACCGCGAAGUGGAAGAGUUCAGAACAGAAGAGACGAUGUCAGAGCGGCUGCAAAGCAGAGUUGGAAUGGAAGCGAUGAAAACUUCUGACGAGGCGGUUCAUGGUGUUUGGUCGAGCCGAAGAGAAAAGGAGUCAUCGGAGAGGAUUCUCAGAGCCAGCGAGCUGGAGAGGACCGCCCUUUCCGCGGCUGCCUGUUCCGAGGAAGCGAGCUCCAUCUACACCGAACUGGCUGCCUUCGGAUCGAAAGAACAGAUUGAGAAGUUGGUGGCGCUGGAGCUCCGUGAUAUUGUUGAGAGUAGUUUUGGAAUUUCGGAGCAAAGCCUGGAGAAGCUCAUGGAAUUGCUGCCGAAAAUGGAUUGGAGCAACCUGACCAUGCCGAUUACUCAGAAGGAGCUGGUCAUCAAGAACUUAACGAUGCUAGUUCCCGCAGAAGCGAGGGUCAUGGAAAGUGUCGGAACGAUUCAGGCCCCGCCAGAAGAAGAAGCGUUUGCUGAGCUGGAUUUGAAGCAAGCGAGGGAAGCGAAGGUUAUGAUGGACAUCCAGCAGUGCGUGUCCAACACCUGCACCGGCUACUCCGAAAUGAACCGCCCGCAGGAAGCAGAAGUGACCAGCUACUCCACUCUUCUCGGAACCAUGUGCAUCUGCGAUCUCGUCACGAUGGCGGCUUCGAAUAUCCAACUGGACAGCAAGUACGACUACUACAGAAGGCCAGCACCGAAAGAAACAGAGACGACGAUCACUGGCGCCAACUCGGAAGCACUUUCCUUUGCUCUGAGAGAGACAGGAGAAAUAACAUCUUCUGGAAUCUGGAGCACAGUUUCGACGUCGGAAGCAGCGAAGACGACCAUUUCCGAGAGGAUGACGACUGUUUCAACUGCUCAAUUGGCUACGAAGGCUUCCCGUGAAGAAAUGGUCAGUGAAGAGAAGGCUCUGCAAAAGGAUUCUGCAUGCACCACUGAAUUGCGGGUCGUCGAGGCUAACAAGGAAUCCUUCAAGCAGAACUAUUCCAUCGACAAAUCUGAGGCGAACGUUCAAAUGGAAAAUGCGACCGUCACUGGAGAAUUGGAAGUGAAGAGAUCUGCUCCGCGAGCCGAGAGUCUCAGUCAUUCGAUGAGAUCUCAGAGCCAGAAGGAUCUUCACUUUGGAGGAGUCUUCGGGGAGAUCGAAGCGCCGCGUCCCCAGGAGGAAGACGUCGAGACAACUAUCAGACAGAGCAGAACCUAUCGCUCUUCCAGUCAAAUCCGUGCUCCUUCGGAAGAAUCCAUUCAAAGGACGGAAGCUUUGAGAAGAUCAGAAUCGGUUGAAUCCACUGCCCAGAAGACGUUCGUUGAGAAACGACAAGAGAUUGUUUCGUUGAGCCGGAAGGCUUCAGUUGAACGGGAGAGGAGUGUGGAUGCCAGAGUCGCGAGAACUGAGCAAUCAGAACCAGCGGAGGGUCUUCAGAAGAUGAAGACGAAAGUGAUGACGUCAUCCCGUGUGAGCGAACCGAAAGAUCUGAAUGUCACUGGAAACUGGGUGACUGCCAAACCCCCAAUCGGAGCUAAAAUUUCCAUUCCGACGAUGAAAGUAGAGAAUGAGGUCACUUCAGCCACGAUGACGGUAGCGAGUGCUAGUGUUGAGUGUGAAGUGGGACUAGAGAAAGAGAGUGCUCAGAAAAGUGAUGCUGCAGGAACCCUGGUACGAGCGAAGAGCAUUGAAGAGGUCGAACGAGAGUUCGGAGUGGAAGUCACGUCUAUCAGCAAACUUUUGGAGAAGCGAGAGCAGAUCGAAUCGUGGAUCAAGAGCAUGCCGCAAGGUAUGGAGGCCGAAGAGAAGGCAGAAUUUGGCGAUGAUGAAGUCAGAAUCGGAGGAGUCAUGGGAACACUGGAGCCGCCGAGAGAGCAAGAAGAGGAGAUGGAGAGACUAGUCAGCAUGAAGAGGGUGGCCAGUGAAGCAAGGAAUCUGAAGGCGGCGACGAAGGAAUCCAUUGAGGAAGCGGACGAGUUCAGCAAGACGGAAGCUGAUCAAGAGAUUCAUGUCACCCGGAAGGAACUCGUCAUUGAAGCCGGAUCGUUCCAAACUGCAGCCUCGAAAGAAGUCAACGCAUCGGCCAAACUGGAGUACUCGAAGGCUCCAUCUGAAGACGUCACGGAACUGAGCUUGACUGAAUCGAGAAGACAGUCAAAUGCCGGACAAUUCAAGGAGUCGAAGGGAGGAAGAGUUCGUCGGUCUGUGGAAAACUGGAUCCAAAGUAGAACUCGCCACUAAGAUUCUUCCUCACAAACCUCCGAUCGACACUGCUGCUCUGAAAGCGAAGGCUGCAAAGGAGAACACCACAGCAAUGAUCGGAAGUCUUCAGAAGUCCCCCUCAGCCGAAGCACUCGGUGUAAUUGCCCAGAAAACCAAGGAAGGCGUCGAGAGCUACUUCGGAAUUGCGGAAGGAGCAGCAGAAGCCACGUUGAGAGCUGCAGAUGGAUCCGAAAACGCCAGCCGUGACGUUAAGAUCUCGAACACCGGAUCCGCUGCCGAAACUGUCAAUCAGUUUUCAAAUAAAGAAACUGGUGUUGGAUUUGGAGCUUCCAGUCUGGUUGCACCUGCUCCAGAACAUGCAGAAACGGAGCAUACGCGUCAACUCGCACCGCUUUCGCAAGCGACGCUGAGCAAGAAGGCAGCGGGGGACACUGACGCAGUCGUGGAGUCGAAGAUCCAAGCAUCUGGAGAUACCGAAGACGACGUUUCUAUAUUGAGAAGAGUGGCUUCUACUGAAUCAGUCAUGAAAGCGUUGCAAGCUUCGAAGGACUCUGUGGUCCAUGUUGAGUCCAGGCAGUCCCGCGGUUCUGUCUCUGAUGAGAAGAGUGACUUGAAAUUGACGACGGCGAAUGUGGAGAGUCAGAAGUUGAGACUUGCUGAGGCUAGGGAGGAGGAAAGUGGUCUGUUGGUCCGGUCUAAUAAUGAAUACGAAGAGACCCAGAAGACGUUGAAGCAUCGUAGUGUAUCCCGCGAGUCCAUGAUUCGGAGCGUAGUGGCUCCAAUCAGUCAGGAGGUGAAUGUGAACGUCGAUAGGAAGGCGGAGGAGUCCGUAGCAGAAGGCGCUCUGAGCAUUGGACUUGUGAGAGAGGUAUCCCAAAGUGAGAUCAUGAAAUACACCGAACGGACAAGCGAACUGGCGAAACAGUCGUUGAAUGAAGAGGUUGCAGGAGUCCGAGCCGUCAGUGAGACGAGAACGGAAGAGUUCAGAGGCAGGGAACAAGGAGAUGCUGAAGUACGGACGGGAGCAUCUAUGGGAAGGAUCGAGGCACCAAGACCACAGAGAGCAGAGGCAGAAGUGACGCAAAAGCUGAAGAGGACGUUGAGUGUGGAAAGGAAACAAGGGCCAGCGAAACCGCCGAGUCUCAGAUGACUGCUCAGAUUCAGAAAAGGGAGGAUUCGCUCACAUCUGAAUACUCCGCCAAGGACACUCUUCUUCUCAAAUCAUCCAGUUUUAGUCAGAUUGCCACGCAACAAAUGUCCGAACAUCUUGUGACUAGGAGCAAAAGCGAGCUGCACAUUAGUGAGAAGAUCCAGGAACGACUUCAGGAGAAGGAAUCGUUCAGUUCUCAAGAGUUUAUCACUGAGAACCAAGGAAUGCACACUCACUGGGAUGUGAUCGACAACCACGGAGAUGCUCUCAUUUGUUGGAAGUCCGCCGAAUCUGAAAAGAAGACGUUGGAUGCGAAGACGACGACAGAUACUUCUGCCGGAACGACACUCGAUCUGACCGUCCGAAGACCAGGAGGAAAGGACGAGGAGAGAAUUGCGGAGCAUGUUGUUGCUGGAAUCAGCGAAGCUCUCAGCAUCUCGGAGACUCGAGCUGACAUGGAAAUGACCAGACAGGAUGCGUUCUCCGACGAUGCCACGUAUGUAGCUUCUGAUAUUCUCGAGGAGCACAGUCUCUCAACAGUCCACGAAUUCGGAGAAUCUGAAGCAUCGACAACGUUCGGAAUCGGCAAACUGGUGACCAGAAAACCGCAGAAGGAGGAAGCUGAUUUCAACUUUUCCGAAUCUCGAAGAAUCCAACAAACUUCUGAAGUGGCUGCCGUCUCGGAGCUCACGACGGAAAUGGACAGCGAGAUCUUACGCCUGCCAGAGUGUGACCAGAGUGCCAAGCUGAUUGCUCAAAAGAUUCAGCAGAAGGAUGCGAAGGAUCUCAGAGCAACUGUUGAAACUUCGGCAGUCCAGGAAGCUGUUCUGGAGAACCGAGAAGUGAGAGAGCAAUCUGCCGAUAUAAAGAAGAUUGAAAGAGAAGCGUUCAAGAUGCGAAGAGACUAUCGGAGCCACGGAAUGAGAACGCCCUCUCUCAGUACACGUCGGAUACUGUCGAUCUGGAAGAGAAGACUGUAAUCCCUCUGACCCGACAGAACUCCACCAGUGCAAUUCUCAAAGCACCGCAGACGAAUCGCACGGAUCGAGAGAUCAGCAUCGAUAGAGGAGAAGCCAAUCGGAUGGCGAGCAAGAACGUGAUGCAGAGAGCGAUGUCCCGUGCUUCAGAAGAACGACGCUUCCAGAUCCAGAUGACAAAGUCGGAGAAGAUGCUGAAAAAAGAGGACAGCUUCGACGAAUCUGAAUUCGUCACUUCGAUGUCCGUCAAGGAUGAGAUCAGCUCUGGAACAUUCCGCGAGUUUGGCGAUGCCAGCGUUGAAGUAUGCACUCUCUUCGGAAAAAUCGUCCAGAAGAAGUUUGAAGUGGAGGAAAUCGAGGAGGUUCUCCCGAUGGUUCGCAGAUGGGCAGAAGUACUCAGUAUGAAGGCGUCGACAAGUGUGGAUGUGCAUUCGGAGAGCAAGAUGACCCGACCGGAGGACGGAGCUGAAAGCCAGAAGAAACUGAAGACGGCCAACUCGGAGAGUCAUCGCAUUGCCGUGAACGCCUCACACGAAGAAGUACUGUCGGCCACAACGGCUCUGGAAUCCAGAAAACCUCGAGAAGACGUUGCGAGCAUCCGUCUCCGGGAUAAAUCGAGAGAGCGAGUUGAGAAGAAGUACCAGGAGAACCAGUGGAAUCUGCUGUCAACGAAUGCUGAAUGGGAAACACUUCUGAACGACCUGGAGGAGUCCGUUACCAUUGCUCAGAGGGUCCAGGAUUCAGCCGCUUUCUUUGCCAGAGCAUCGACGACUGCCAACUUGACCAGCGAGACGAACAUUAAGAAGAAUGAAGCAACGCUCGGAAUCCAGGAGUCCAUCUCUCAGUCCAACAUCGAUAAGACCGUUGGACAGUUCAGCAGCGCAAACAUUGUCAAUGAAUUGCUUGUUAGCAAACUCGGAAUGGAUUUGGAAGAGAUUGAGAAGUUGGUCGACGAGAUAAACAAAGAACAGGCGGUCGGAGCAAAGAUUCGCGAAUUCGGAAGAUCGGAAACAGGAGGAGGAAUCUACCUGGUCAGAAGAUCGCUGCCGAAGGUAAAGGAGACUUCGACGCACACGGUCACUGUCGCCACCAGCUUCCGGCAGAUAUUCUCGACGAUGAGUGCUGGGAAGAAGCCAGCGAGGCUAAUGUUGAACUGACGAUUCCGAGCACUUCUGUCGGCGCUGAGAUCAAGAGCACUGUUGCUCGGAGCGAUUCGAUGACUUUCUCGACUGCGCAUGCUUCGGAAUACACCGCCACGACAGUUGCAGACUACGCCAAGGACAUUGCUGUGUCUUCCUCGACGGCGGCAAGAAAAAAGGCGAUUCCAGUGGAGAGAUUGAGUCACAAACUGAAAGAAGUCGGCGCAGAUGGCGUGGAAAUCUUGUCUCUCUGGGAAGGAAUCGAGACUGAUCUUGACGCGAGCACUCAACUCGUGGAUCUUCUCAAAGUCAAGUCAUCACUGCAGACUAUCGAGUCGACGGAAGAAGUGGAGAGAAUCAACCAGUACUUGGAGAUGCCGGAGGAAAAAGGACUAGUCAUUCAUCUGAUUCAUGUGCAGAAUAAGGACGCUUGCGAGAGAAACUUCGCCGUUUCAAUCUGCUCUUUGGAUACUGUUUACUCUAGAAAACUUGAGAUCCCAUCGACAUACUCUGUGAGCAAGGUGUUGACCGAGAAACGUGUGCUCCGUGAAACGUGGCGUGUGACUGAGAGUGGCAACGUGCGAUUCAACGCCGUCAUCAAUUUGCAUAGAUACAGUCUCUCGAAACCGACGCUGGCACAGGAGACCGUGCUUCGAGAAGUGGUUCGGAUUGCAGCUCAACCCUUAUUCAUCUCUGCAGGCGACAUUGAGAGCGACGUCGUCUGGAGCACGCAUCAACUUCAAAGAACGGCCUUCGUUGAAACGACUGAGAAGACGAUCAUUGGAGCGAGAAGAGGAGAAGGCGUCAAAGAAAGUUGGAGGAGUCUGGAGACGAGAAGGUGAAGCUGAAGAUCGAUCUGAUUGGAGGUGUGCAGCCGGCAGAGUUCUGUGAAAGAGCAUGGAAGAUCCCGAGGCUCGGCGACCGAGUGAAGAUGGAAACGGAAGAGUUUGAGUUCGAUGAAUGUCUGUUUUAUGGGCAAAUCAACUGCAAACAGACUCAUUUCGAAGACAAGGACGCAGUCGUCAAGAUUCCGCGAGUUUCCUCUCUCCAGCUGUCCACUCUGGCAUCAUCGGAAGAUACGAAGGAGGUGAAUGAAGCGUGGUCGAUUCCGGACAAAUCAGAGCAGGCUGACAAGCUGAUCGUCAUUCCGAAUGCGGGUCAACAUACGUACAUUAGAACGAAGGAGUCUUCGGAGGAUAUCGUCGGCGUCGGAAUCGCAUACAACGUCCCCGAAGAGAAUCUGAUGUCAGCCAUCAAGCUGAAGGAGAAGGCAACUGGAGGAAACUACGAGUUGAACACGAAGGCAGCCGGCGACGAGUACAAGUUGCUCAGCUCUUCCCUCUCGAGAACUCAGGAAGUCGAGAAAGUCAAGGGCAAAAUAGUGCAGAAGGUGCUGGCGAAAAGUGAUAUUCGUGUUUUGGAGACCACGACAGAAGCCAUCAGUGCCAACUUCAACUACGAGAUUCCCGAGGAGUACUUCAAGAUUGAAAUUUUGAAGGCCUGCUCGAACAAUGCUGCUCCGUUCACUGUCAGACUUCAUGAAUGUCUUGACUUCUUCGUGAAGAUGUUCUACAGCAUGAACAAGAAAGAUGACUUGGAAUCUGUUCUGAAAACGAUAAUCAUUUCCAACGGAAUCGAGCCGAAGAAGUUGGAUUGCUCUGCUGCCGAAUUCGUAGAAUCUAUCAGAAACCCGGAGUUCAGCAGACCAGCCGAGUUCCACGAGCUCCACAAGACGGUCAUCACCUUUAAUAGGAUUGACGGAGCACAGUUGAGCACUUUCGAGCCAACCGUGGAGAAGUUGGCUCUCGGAACAAUGCUCAGUCGUCAGGAGGAAGCUUCUCGCGUUGAGCACAUUGUCAAGGACAAGAAUAGAGGAGCCAGUCUGAAGUUCAAGUUCAUGGAGUCCCGAGAAGAAAAGCAGACGGUCUACAGCGCAUUUGACGUGGAAGCGGAGAAGGAAAGAGUCGAACGAACGAUUGAUUUGGUACGUCAAGGAGGACAUUUCAAGUUGUCCACGGACGCCACCGAAGACCACGAAACCACUUUGCACCGCGAUAUUUCCAAACCACUUAUCACGCAUCACGACACUUUGCACUGCUUCACGCUUUCGAAUUCUGCACCGCACCAGUCGUUGAGCACUUCUGGAGCACGUCAAGAGCUCCAAACCAUUUCUGCACAACUGUCGAAGGCGGCGGAAUGGCUGUUCGCCGAGCUGCUCAUCGUUGCCAAGAACACCGAGCAGCCGGUGACGUGGCGCGCGCUGGAGUGUGAAGAGUGUGUGGAAAAUGUGCACCCGAUCUAUCGUAGACCCGACGACAUAUUCGAUUUAGAUGAAGUCUGGCACAUUGCUCGCAACGGCGGCCGAUUCGAACAACGAUGCAAAGCGAGCGGAGAUGAAAAGGAACUGUUUGAGCAGGAAAUCAAGAGCCGAGGAGUCAAGGAUGCUCAGAUUGAUAAGAAGUUCAUAGUCGGAAACAAGGGAGAGUCAAUCAAUCUGACGACCAUCGGAACUUCCGCCGUCGCUUCGUCAAUCUCUCAAGACAUGAGUCGAUUGGGAGAAAGGGAAACUGUGAAGAAGGUUCUUCAACACUCCAAUAAGGGAAUCAAUGUGGAGAAGAAGUUGAUAGAAUCCACCGAACUCCGUGAGACAAUCAGUGAGCAGUUCCGAAAGUACGACCAAUUCGACAAGGCUGAUCUGACUGUCAAGGAUCGCAGAGUGGGCGGAACUUACGAGCUCUCUACCAACGCUGCUCAAUUGAGCUCUUCGAGCAUGUCUGGCGCUAUCUUGUGUCCUCGUCCGAGUGAGCUUUCCACCGAAAAGACCUUCAUCACGGCACAGACCAUCAUCCCGGCUAUUCUCGAGUGCAAGGCUUCCGAAUCCAUUGGGCACACCGUCACGGAGAGCUUGAAUCGCCCGAACGACCAUUUUGGAAUCUCUAAGAUCAUCACAGACUCCAACAAAGAAAACGAACAAUUCACUUUCCGAGAAGCUGGCGAGGAGUAUCACACCACGAACUGCUUCUACACUCGAGAGCAAGAGGACAAGGUUAUUGCGAAGACGUUGCACGAGGCGCGACAGGGAGGCAGUCAAAAGCUGGCGACGAGGCAUGCCACCGACCGAUCAUUGGAUGCCGCCCAACAUCUGGAGAAAGUGCGUCUCGCGGAAGCAAGUGCCGAGAAACUGUUUGUGAUUGGAAACACCGCCGAGCCGUCAUCAUUGAGCACAGUUGCUUCCACCGAUGUUCAACACUCCCAGCUAGUUGAUCUCAAGUUCUCAUCCCCUUACUAUUCUGUUGAAGUUCUCAAACAAGGCGUUAAUCUUGGCAUUCCCACCUACUUCCACGCCAGAGAGACGACCUCGAAGACAGAGAACGUCGCCACACAGCUCAGCAGGAAAGAAGAGAAGUCGGAUCUUGGAACUGUGCGUGCCACUCCGCUCCUGGCCGAGCCUGUCGUCUUUGACACCAACGCUUCAAAGUCGCAUUCAAUCUCAUUGGACAAGAACCUGACAGCUGCUGGAGACUUCGAACUCGACGCCGUUGUUGUCAUCGUGGACCAGAACAGAGAGCAGCCUCAAUUCUUCCGCUGUUCUUGCACAAAGGAAGCGUCCACUUCAGCCGCUGCCGCCCUCUCCGCCGGAUCGAAGACAGAGAAUUGUAAAACUGUGCUUGUGGUAGCCAACCGGGGUCAAACGGCCAGUCUAGUGUUGCGUGAGAGCAGCUCGGUGCAGGAGACCAACAAUGUGCACUAUCAGCGUGACGAGCACCAUGAGCACGUUUCAGAGACUAGAGCCUACCCGAGGUACGGCGGAAAAUUCGUUCUGGAAUCGAAGGGGAGCACGGCAGAGGACGUUCGGAUUGAGAAGGAUCUGGAGAAGAAGUCGGACAGAGAGCUGGAAACGGAGAAGAAGACGAUCAUCCGGAACGAAGCGGGACCAGUCGAGAUCUUUGUUUCUGCAACGGAAGAGUCUGCAGCAGGCGUCACGGCGAGCUUAUCCAGAGCCAACCCUUACGAAUCGACGAGCAUCAAACAGACAGCUCCCAACAAAGGAGAACCUGCCUACUCGAAGGUCAAGGAAACGACAGACCUCACCGAAACGAACAACGUCCAAUUACGGAGAGAAGAGGAGCAUCAGGAGCAGGAAAGGAUCGUCAAGGUUGCUGCUUCCGGAGGAGCUGCUCUUCUUCGUGCCGGAUUCGCUGAUGAGAAGUUCGCAGACGCCGAAACCAAACUGUCCAGAGAGGCGCAGUUUGAAGCCACUCAGAUUGUUCGGAAGAUCAGCAACGAAGAGAAGAGCAAUCUGUCGAUCGGAGCCAGUCAGGAGACUUCCGUGAAUUUCGACAAGACAGUGGCCUGCCAGCGGAGCACUGCGGAAGAAACAUCGAUCACGAAGGUGGCCAAGAACAUCGAACCACACGUCAUCUUCAGAAGCACGGAGGCAUCAGAUAUGGCUGUUGGAAUCCAUUACACUCUCCGUAGCAGUGAAAAGGUCGACGAGACGGAAGAGGUCAAGAAGAUUGCCAGAAAUGGAGGAUCUUCCACAUUCUCAUGCUUUGCUGCUGGCGAGGAAUCUCCUGACAGUGUCAGCGCGUAUUUGACGAGGGAGUCAGAGGAAGGAAGUGCCCAGAAGCUGUUCCCGACUCCAAUGAUCGACGCUCUCAGAUUCCACUCGACUGCUGCUGAGGAGUUCGCCGUCUGGAACACAACGAGUUUCAGAAGAAAGGACAACGAAGCGGAGCAAGAGAAGGUGUUCAAGACGUCUGAAUCUGGUGAUCAAGUUACUUUCGCAUCCAAAGCCUCCGAGGAUGAAUCGGUCACUUUGGAUGCCGACUUGCAUUUCGGAGUCGGAUUCAAGGAGCAUCGUCAGGUUACGAGAAGCGAAGCGAACCAAGGAGAAGGAACUGGAAUGCACUCGGGCGUUUCCGAAGAGACCAUCUUCAAUCUGGGAUACGACUACUGCAAACAACCGACCGAAUUCACGACUGUUUGUGUUACCGAAGACAAACUUCUCAUUCAAGGUGCGUACGGCUUCCGUGCGGCCAAGGAAGAAUCCAUAACUCUUGACGCGGAUCUGCACUUUGGAGUCAGCUCUAAUGACUUGCGGGCGAUGGGAAUGCAUGCCUCUAACAACGAGAUUGAGGGCACCGGAAUGCGCUCGACGGCUUCUGAAGAGACCGUAUUUAACCUGGCAUACGACUAUUGCAAGCAACCCACCGAGUUCCGCACCGUCUUCAUCUCCGAAGACCACCAAUUCGUUCACGGCGCUUUCGGCUUCCGCGCCGUCGGUGAAGAGCACAUUGAAACCCAGGUGCUGGAGCUCGAGGCACGCAUGGUGGAGGUCAUGGUGGAGGGCAGUGUGCACAACCUUGCUCGUAGGCAUGAAGAUGAACCGUUUGUCUUGUAUACAGAGGUUGCCGAGGAGACCAUUAUCCGUGUCGACGAGCGCAUCGAAAAGAAGACGACGGUGGUGGAAAGUGAGCAGACUUCGGAAGUCAAGAUGAGAGAGAAGGGCGAGGAGCGCAGAAAGGAGGAGAAGAGGUGGAACAGAGUGAACGGAGAAGUUCGGGGAUAACAGUGAAUGGUUGCAGAGUCAGUUUCGCCGCCGAAGUUCAAGAGAAGACCAUGGAAGCCAUCGACAAGAGCCUGGAUUAGACACUUCUAUGGAGGUAAUGGGGAGGGCGUUACUGUUCCCUAGCACUUUGUUUCAGGUGGAACCAGCCUUCCAGAAGCCGUCGAUCAUCAAGAAGCCGAUGAAGAAGGAGAGAGAGCGCCGUGGAAGAGAUCUUCGUCAGAACGCCGCGCCUGCUUUGUCCGUCCUUUCCUCAUCCUUCCACUUCUAUAAGUAUCCUUUUCCAGCAAACCCGUCCGUCGCAACUCUCUGCUCCAAGCGCUCGCCAUCGGAAGCCCGCACAAUAUUCCUCAUUUCAAGACCCUCGACGACAUUGUGAAGGCCAUCAAACACGUGAGUCAUCUGCCUUUUUCCAGUCGAAGUUCUCUUACAACACCGAGUAAUAAUAGAGUGAGAGUGCCAUUAGACUACUUAGAUUUCUCACCCAAACACUGAAUCCAUUCAGACCUAUAUCGGCGAUUUUUACGGCAAGUUUAAGAAUCCACUACUCUCGAUUUCCUUUCCCUCUGCAUCUUGUCUCUCUUUUCGGCAUGUCUUCUGCACUUUCAGACCGACUCUGUGCACCUUUUCAUCUUCACUGUUCUUUUUGGGAUAGGGAGUUCAUAUCAAGAGCUGAUAGGAACGGUUUCAGGCUGGUCUCGAGUACUCCAAUUUGAUUUUCGGAAUCGAUUACACCAAAUCCAACUUCUAUCAAGGAGAACGCACAUUCGAUAAGAGACCACUUCACACAAUCGAUGCUGCCGAACAGAACCCAUACCAACAGGUGACAAAAGAGAGUAUAAUUGAGUCAAACUGAUGUUCAGGUGAUCCAAAUUGUCGGAAAGACGCUGUCUUCCUUUGACGCCGACGGACAGAUCCCCGCCUAUGGAUUCGGAGACGAAGAGUUCACUGAUCAGGGAAUAUUCAACAUUGCCGACAGAUACGAUCUGGAUAAGGACUGCAAUGGAUUUGAAGGUAUUGAAGGGACGGAAAGAUGUUGAAACUAAAGUUGAGCUGAAUUCAGAAGUGCUGCGAGUGUACAACGAAGUGACUCCGACCAUCGAAAUGAGCGGACCAACCAACUUUGUGCCUCUGAUUGGUGAGUGAAACGAAACAUUGUUAACCGAUUGUUAUCGAUAUUCAGACCGAGCCAUCGAAAUCUGCAAGGAGAAGCACUCCUAUCACAUUUUGGUCAUCGUUGCUGACGGACAGGUCACCAACGAGAAGAUCAAUCAGAAGGCCAUCGCCGCCGCUUCUCACUACCCAUUGAGUAUCAUCAUGUGAGUUUCGGAAAGAGACUCUUCAGCAAAUUGUAAUUAUUAUUGCAGGGUUGGUGUCGGAGAUGGACCAUGGAACAUGAUGGGACGAUUCGAUGAUAACAUUCCGAAGAGGCUCUUCGAUAACUUCCAUUUCGUUGACUUCCACAAGGUAUCUCUAUAAAUCUUGAAUGAAUAAGAUAAAUACACGCGAAUGUUUUGCAGGUGAUGUUCAAUGCUCCGAACGCUGAUGCCUCAUUCGCUUUGAAUGCUCUCAUGGAGAUCCCGGAUCAGUACAAGGCCAUCAAAGAACUGGGACUUCUGAAGCACAGCCGUCGCGGAUAA